AUGGAAUCAAUCAAACAACGUCUGCAUUCAACUCGUCUAGAAUCUGCUCACAUGUGGAAAGAAUUGACUCGUUUGAUUAAGACAGACAACGAACUACUGUUUGUCACUGGUUUGGCAUUACGAAUGACAUCAUCCAUUCUUGUUUCUCUUCUUCAUCAAGUCUGGUUAAAUGAAGAAGAACAAAGACAUAACAAAUCAUUCGAUUCAGUAAAGAGGCAAAAAGCUGAACGAUCCGCAGAUGCAUUCCUAACACCAGAACAAUGUAUCCUGUUAGGUGGCUUAUUGGUGAAUUGGAUUAUUGAGCAGCAACUUCAACGAACGAUCCAUCGUGCUGAUCAAGGACGACAGGAAGAUUUCGAGAAAGAAGUGUCCAACAUUCCACAUUUGAAUUGGAUUCCCUCGGAACAUGAUUCAUGGUUGAUUUUAGAAUUAGAAAUGAACAUUACCAUUCGAGAAAUUCAAGUCGAUGUCGCGCGUCAUAUGAUCGAUCCGAGUCAAUCGGAUGGUAAAGAUAGUCAAGUGAAAAACAUCGUCAUGCAAAUGAACAUGGGCGAAGGAAAAACAUCGGCCAUCGUACCUAUGUUAGCACUCAAUCUCUGCUCAUCGACAUCUAGUUUAGUUCGUAUCAUUGUUUUGAAAUCCUUACUAAUCAUGAAUUAUCAAUCAUUGAGACCAAAAUUAGGUGGUCUUCUCAAUCGACGAAUUUCCCUCUUUGUCUGCCGUCGUGAUAUGAAUUUAAAUGCAUUACAAAUCGAUCAAAUGUUUCAACGUCUUCAAUAA